AUGGCAUACACUGGCCGGGGCCAAAAAAUGCAGAAAGUGAUGGUACAGCUCCUCAACCUCAUCUUCAGAUACUUGCAAAAUAAAUCUCAGGUUCAGGUGUGGCUUUAUGAGCAAGUGAACAUGCGGAUAGAGGGCUAUAUCAUUGGUUUUGAUGAGUACAUGAACCUUGUAUUAGAUGACGCAGGAGAGAUUCAUUCUAAAACAAAGUCAAGAAAACAACUGGGUCGGAUCAUGCUAAAGGGAGAUAAUAUUACCCUGCUCCAAACUGUCUCCAACUAG